AGACCAACACCAAUCAACAGUAGAAAAGCAGAUAUAACACAGGAAAUGAAUCUUACAAACCCUAAAUACCAGAGGUCCAUGAGUUUGUUAAAAGCAGAUACAACUGAUAUCAACAUGGAAGGAAACCUUUUAGAUACUGAGAAUAAUCGAACCAACAGCCAGGAAGUGGAAGAGUCAACAGGAGAACCAAACAUCAUAGCUAUUUUCAGUAACUACACAGAUGCCGAAGAAGCAUGUACACACCCAGUCGCAAAGUUCGAAAACUUCAAACCAAGAUUAAUACCAAUACUUAGCACCAACAAAACCAAUUACAGAUCAGUUAGAAUCUGGGAUAUCCCUCAACAGUUUUUUAAGAAAGAUAUUGCAACAGGAUCCAUCAAAUUCGAUUCUAUUAAGUACAUUCAGAUGCAAACAACAGGACCACACAAGUCAGCAGUAGUAAUCUUCACUCAUCAAUUGGACUAUGACACAGCCAUAAAUAAUUGGUCAGUAAUGAUAGAGGGCAUGACAAUGAAAAUGUUCCCAUACUACCAUACAAGAAAAACAAGACUAAAAAGAGAUGAGUUCAGUAUUACACUAAUCAAGUUUUCAGACUUGAUAACAGCUCAAGAUCUCAGUAAUAUCAUGCAACAAGUCAGUGCCAAAGCAUGUCACACAUCACAAACAAAUGAAAUGUUUAGAAGGUUUGCAAGUUUAAAUUUUGCCUCCCAUGAAGAUCUUAUAAAAGCAACAGCAAAUAAUAUUGAUUUCAAAGGACACAAGCUCACAUGCGUGGCUAGAAUAGCAAAACUCUGCCACUACUAUGGAAACACCCAAUACAUGAUCACAAACUGUAAUAUUAAACCUCUGGACAACUCUCGCACAAGAUAUAAAACACAAUCUGUAGUCAGAUUUUCCACAUAUCAAGAGGAAACAUACUACAGCAACAAGAACCAAUAUAGGCAUAACAAAUCAAACAGAAGUUAUGCCGAGAUAACUCAAGGAACCAACAUACAUCACCCCUCAAAUAGUAAGCUCCUUGCCCUCAUCCACCACAUACAAAAAACAAUAACAAAAGUACAACACCAGAUAAAUCAACUAAAGAAAAGUGUUAGCAUAUUGAAGGAAUAUACAGCAUAUAGGCACAUGGAUAAAAUGAAAGAAGACACUGAAUUCACCUCUAACUCCACAAUCUUCACAAUAAAACAACUAACUGAAACAAAAGACAUCAAAACAACUCAAAGCCUGAUCAACAAAAACUCAACAAAAUGUGAGAAACGAUAA